UAUAUUAACAGAUCUAGGAGAUGUGCUAAGGUCGUGGUACAUGAGCAAAAUCGUUAAGUUGGAAACAAAAAUAGAAAAACCUUAAGGUAAAGAUAGAUGAAAUAAAAACAAGAUACAGGCAAAACCAUGAAGACACUGAAUAAAACCACUGUCAAGCGAACACGAGCCGGAGGUAAAAGUUUGAAACGCUUCAAAACUGUUGAUCAUAUACUUGAAAAAAUGAGAGAAAACUUUGCGUCGUUGCUGAGGAAGAAACUUGACAGUGAUUUUACACCUCCACCAGAAACUGCGAGAAUCAUUAAAGAAAUCGAAGAUAAUCACCUAGUGGUCGUGUCAGGAUACGGCAAAGGUCUAUAUCUACAAGCGGCACUCUCUGCUAUUGAUAACCAGGAUUAUGAAGCGGGAGAAAGCAUCCUAUGUUCAAGUCCCACUGACUGGCGCCACAUCGGUAAUGAAGAUGCCGAGUUAGUUGUAUUCCUUCACCCAUUUGGCGAAGGUACAUUUGAUUUACAGAAGGCAAAAGACUUUCGUUCAAUUGCGGAUAAUAUUGUAGAGACAACUGACUCCAUGGACAAUGAUGAUGUGCUAGAUGUUGUCAUAAUAAUGGACCAAUCAAUUUUAGAAGAAUGGAAACGUCAUUUUAGACAUGAUAUGAUGAAACAACCAAUCGUUGUCUACAAACCAACCACUGAAGACUCACCUGUGGACCUUAUUGAAGUAGAAAGCAGUAUGUCACAGGUUGAAGCAGAUCCACACUACAAAAACUUACUUGUUCAAUCAAUUGCCUACAAUAAACAUCAUAGAGCAAAGAUGGCAGAUGAACACUUUUUGGAAAAUGCAUUGGAAGAAUUCCGCUCCAAAAAGGUAAUCGUCAUUUCCGGUCCACGUGGCAGUGGAAAAACGACGCUUGCUCUCUCCCUACUGUCGUCAUAUCAAGAUGGUCAUUAUCUCAUACUAACAGAACCGGGUGAUCUCAGUUGUAUUAGAUUCGGUGUUACCUGUGUUGUGAUCAUCGAAGAACAGUUAUCUUGGAGGAAAGUACAUGUUCGAAAUGUCCGUCACAAAAGUGGUUAA